AGCUCGCUUUCCACAGCCCAUCUCUCACAUCCUGCUUCCCCUCCACCCUACCUCCUUUUCUGCCCCCACAAAAGCAAAAACAAGUUUGCUCGCCUGCUUGUUAGCUACCUCCAAGCAGCAGAUCGAGCCAACCUGCACCUUCCGCAGAUCACUGUCCUGCCCUAGCCCCCUUCUUCUUCGUCCCAACGCAUGCAAAGCUGAAGCUACCGCCUGUGCCUGAGCAUCACGCGGCUCUUUGCUAGCUAGCCCCUGGUGCCAGUUGAUUGGAACGGAGAGGGAGAGAAUUAUUGAGCGGUUGGUAGCAGCAGCAGCUUGCAUCCACUAUAGAGGCCGCCAGGGGUCGGCAAAGGGCGCCCUAGCUGCCGCUAGAGCCAUGUGCGACUACUUCCUUCAGAGGAUGGAGGGAGACCAGGCCGGCGGGGACCUCACCGACAUCGUCCGCGCCGGCGGCGGAGCCAUGCCGGGCAACGCCGAGGUGCCGUCCACGGCCGCCGAGUGGCAGCUCCAGGGGGAGCCGAUGCUCUUCCCGCCGCCGCCGUCGUCAUCGGACGGCUGCGCCGGAGGUGCCGGCGCCGACGUCUUCGGCGACCCUUUCGCCGCACUUGGGGACCCGUUCAGCAGCGACUACGCUUCAGGCGUCGACUUCCUGGACGCCAUGCCCGACGCGAUGGCCAAGGUCGGCUUCGACACGGCUGUCGGCGGCGGCAGCGGCUGCGGAGGAGGGGGAGGCGGCGGAGGCCAACUGCUCGACAUGAGCCGGAAGCCUCUCUUGCCGCGGGGGGUGCAGAUGCCGUCGGUUGGCGUGCUGGCGCCGAGGGUGCUGCCAUCGCCGCUGUCGCCGAGGGCGAUACGGCCGUACCCGGCGUUAGCCGGUGACAUGGUCAAGCUCGGGAUCACGGCCGGGCAGGUGGCCGGGUGCGCCAUCGACGCCGCCGUCGUCGGCAUGCAGAUGUCGUCGCCUCGCGCCGCGGGCGGGAUCAAGCGCAGGAAGAACCAAGCAAGGAAGGUGGUGUGCAUUCCGGCGCCGACAGCGGCAGGGGGAAGACCCACCGGGGAGGUGGUUCCUUCUGAUCUCUGGGCUUGGAGGAAGUACGGCCAGAAGCCUAUCAAGGGUUCUCCCUAUCCAAGGGGGUACUACAGAUGCAGCAGCUCAAAAGGAUGCUCAGCACGGAAGCAAGUGGAGCGCAGUCGGACGGACCCCAACAUGCUGGUCAUCACCUACACCUCUGAGCACAACCAUCCAUGGCCGACUCAGCGCAACGCGCUGGCCGGGUCAACGCGGAACCACCACGGCAAGAACAGCGGCAGCGGCAGCUCAGGUUCCAAGAGCUCACAGAACGAGAGGCAACAGCAGCCGAACGUCAAGGAGGAGCCCAAGGAUCCGGCCACGACGACGACCACUAGCACGAUCACCACCACGACUAGUACUUCUCCGGCAGCGGCUGUGAAAGAGGAGACGCUGGCAGGAUCGUCAGAAGCGCUGGGGCGAGCCAUGGAUGCAGCAGUAGGAGACCACAGUAUGGAACUCAUGGACCAAGUGUUCAGUGAGAGCUACAAGCCGAUGAUACCGGAGGCCGGCCAGUCGGACGACUUCUUCUCCGACCUGGCGGAGUUGGAGUCGGAUCCCAUGAGCCUAAUCUUCUCCAAGGAGUACAUGGAAGCAAAGCCGGCGGCGAGCGGUGGUGAUCGUGCCCAGGAGAAAGCAAUAACCAAGGACUUGGAUCCAUUCGACAUGCUGGAUUGGUCCACUACUACUUCUUCGGCAUCAGGGAGCUCAUUUGAGCAAGGAAAGAGAGGUUGACUGUAAUAUACCAUUGGCUUAUGCGCACACAUACAUUGGAUCAGCAGCUAAUAACCUGAAAUUAAGAUUACCGCCACAAGAGGUCAGCAAGGAAGAAAGAUGAGAGUUUUUUUUCACUUUUCUUUUCCUCUUUGGGUUCGUCGCUUCUUAUUAUCAUUGUGUGAGAGAGAUUGGGAUUUUUGUCCAAGGUUUAGAUAUGAACCUUGCUUUUCUAAGGUUUGUGUCAGCUUGAUGUUCGUUGUA